CCAUUAUACACAGAGAAGAACAGGAGCAAGGCGAAGAAGAAGACGAGAAAGGCGAAAGGGAUGGAUCCUGGUCACCAUUUAGAAACACUGCAUCACAAUGGUGAUCACGAUGCUGUGAAUGUCUCCUCCUGGGUGUCGGUGUGUCCCAGAGGCCUCUGGGAAGUCCAGCAAAGGCGAACGUGUGAGGGGAGUCAACAGACUGUUCCUAAUUCUGGAAAUGACGCAUCGCGUUCAUCCAGGUACUGUCCAAGGUUGGGUUCCAUGUGUCGAGUACGAGUGUGGCUCAGAGCUGACAUGGAUAGAGCAGAGAGUUUAGUAUCAGAAAAGGGAAACGAGAAGCUGUCAGCCCAACCUGACCAGUCACUCACUGAGGUUACACAAGCAGUGGCCACGGCCUUCCCGAGGUGUCAGGACUCCGUGCUGCAGGUCCCACUGGGUGACUGGACAACACUGAGGCUAGGGGAGGGUCAGUGCGAUAUCACAGAAGCAUGCGUGGAGGGGAUGAGAGCAGGAGAGAAAUGUGAGAUACUGAUUUCUCCGGUGACAAAUGGUCCAGAUGUCUCCGUUCCCCAUCCUGCUGAGGAAAGCCUGCCUUUACGUGCGACAGUUGAACUCAAAGCUUUCACACCCGGCAAGGAAUCCUGGGAGAUGUCUCCUGCCGAAAAGUGGGAGUGGGUGAAGUCGCACAAAGAGAGGGGUGGAGUGAGAUUCAGGAGCGGGGAUGUGUGGGGAGCAGCGGACAGCUACAGUCGGGCCCUCAAACUUCUCAUCACACUCUAUGGCCAUGUAAGAGAGGUGGAGAGAAAAGGACAAGAGCAGGGAGCGGAGGAACAGAGAGACACAGUUGAUGAAACACAGCACCUUCCUUCAGCUAGUGAAUUCAAAACCAUCAAAGCAGAGCUCCACUCAAACCUGUCCCUGUGCCAGCUUAAACUGAACCAGCCAGAGAAGGCUAAGGCCAGUGCGGGUAAAGCUACUCAGCUGGAACCAGGUGGGGCUAAAGCCUGGUACCGGCUGGGCCAAGCCUGCCAGAUGGUGAAUGAGCUGGAGGAGGCCAAGGAGGCAUUUAGGAAACUACUGAAGCUGCAGCCAGAAUCGCCUGCUGCGUUGAAGGCACUUAAAAACAUAGCAAGUAGAGAAAAAGAGACAAAGGCUCAGUUGGGACUUAGACUCAGCAAAAUGUUCAGCUGAAGUUCAAAUAUGAUUAUUUUAUUGCCAGAUGUUGUCUGUAAAAUUGUAUGUUUCUUCUCGUGAAUCACCAGUAAAUGGAAGAGCGUCUACAGCCACUGCCUGAGCUCAGAAGUAACCCACCCCCCCAUGCUGCAACUCUGUGCAGCUUGUGUGUGAGAUACCUUGAAUGUAACUUAAAAGUAAAAAACACGUGUCAAAAACUUAUUUUGGCGCAAUUGAUGUAGAAGUGAGGAGGGCGUGACAUCGUGGUUGUAUUUAUUUUAAUAAGCCCAAAACGUUACAAAUAUUGCAGUUCUUACAGUCGGUCACAAGGUGUCAGACUUUACCGGCCACGUGCAUACAGUCGGUGGUACGCAUAGACUGUAUGUGAGAAGGUGGUACGGGCACAAUGGCCCGCUGUAGAGAGUAAACUUUGUGUGUGUGUUUGGGAGGCAAAUCCAUAGUAAGGUGUAGCAAGAUACAAAAUCGUUUUCUAAAUCCUGGGUGGUACACUUUUUUUGACAAGCAUGCACUACAGCUUUGACCCAUAAUUCACCAUUCAGCAUCAAUAAAACUCACCUAAGCAUUA